AUGAGUCAGCGGACAGAGCGACGGGGUAUACAUGUAGACCAGUCUGACCUGCUGUGUAAAAAGGGAUGUGGUUACUAUGGCAACGCUGCAUGGCAGGGGCUCUGCUCCAAAUGCUGGAGGGAGGAGUAUCAGCGGGUACGACAGAAACAGAUCCAGGACGACUGGGCCUUGGCAGAAAAGCUGCAGCGAGAGGAGGAGGCAGCAUAUGCCAGCAGUCAUGGAGCACAGACACAGUCUCAUUCCCAGUCCACAGCACCACAGUCACACCCAGGCCAUGCUUCUCUGGGACCCUUCUCCAAGUUUGAGGAGAAGAAGACCAAUGAGAAGACACGGAAAGUGACCACCGUUAAGAAGUUCUUCAGCCCUUCAUCACGCACUGCUCCCAAGAAAGAAACCCAAGAAGGCAAGACCCCCAGUCCAUCCAUUAGCCGCCAUGCCAGCUUCGACACGGACCAAGUGUCCAAGGACUUUGUGGACUUCUUGAAAAACCUCCAAAAGCCUGGCCGGGAGAUCCAUAAGCAGUGUAGAGCCUUCAUUGUGGCAAUGUCAAGCAAGAAGGAUCUGAGUGCUGACGAGCUGUCCGAGUGUGUUCAGGAUUUCUACCAGAACAUGGCGGACCGUUUGUUAAGUCACUUUAAAGGCUCUUCAGACUCUGUGGAGCAGGUGAUGGACCAAGUGGAGAAGUACAUAAUGACUCGUCUGUACAAGAGUGUGUUCUGUCCAGAAACCACUGAUGAUGAGAAGAAGGAUUUGGCCACACAGACGCGGAUAAGAGCCUUGCACUGGGUGACCAUCCAGAUGCUGUGUGUAUCCAUGGAUGAAGAAAUCCCUGAAGUCUCUGAGAAUGUGGUCAAAGCAAUAACAGAUGUCAUUGAGAUGGACUCGAAGAGAGUUCCUCGGGACAAACUUGGAUGCAUCACACGCUGCAGCAAACACAUCUUCAGUGCCAUCAGGAUCACCAAGAACGAGCCGGCUUCAGCUGACGACUUCCUCCCAGCGCUCAUUUACAUCGUGCUCAAGGCGAACCCUCCACGACUUCAGUCCAACAUCCAGUACAUCACUCGCUUCUGUAACCCCAGCAGGCUGAUGACCGGAGAGGAUGGAUACUACUUCACGAACCUGUGCUGUGCAGCGGCCUUUAUCGAGAAGUUGGAUGCUCAGUCUCUCAACCUUUCCCCAGAGGAAUUUGAGCGCUACAUGUCAGGCCAAGCCUCACCACGACUCAACAGCUCAGAAGCUGACUGGCCCCAGACUGGGCCAGCACCUGGCGUGACUGCUACCAACCCCGUCCUGGCUCAGCUCAAUCACAAUCUGGAGCUUUUGUCGGGCCUCAGCAGCCGUCAGGAGAUGCUGAUGGAGGCUGCUCAGAGUUUGCAGGCCGACCUCCUCUCCUGGCCUGCGGGUGUACAGCAGGAGGUGAACGACAUCCUAGAGAAAUACCCGUUAGAGAUUCUUCCUCGUACAGUUUCUGCAAUUGAUGCCAACAACGUGGACAAUGACAACCUGCCACCACCCCUAACACCACAGGUGUUCGCUGGGUAGCAGGAUAAAAACAUUUCACACACAGUAUGGGUACUCCUGCUUUUAAAAGUCAGCUCAUUGCCUGUGUUUGGAGUUUGAUUUCACAUCCCCACAUGCACUAAUGUCCUAAAAAGUUUGAAGCCUCAUCUUGCUGAGCUUCUUCUGCACCUUAAAUACCCGAUCACACCAGUAGUCAUAACAGUGAAAUCGUGUCAUUUCAGUGGAAGUUUCCACGUAAGUUUCCGCCAUAGUGAACCUUGACAUGCAAAUUCACAGCAUUAACCGAGUUGUCUGGACGGUGCAAACCUUAAAGGGAACCGAGAGCCAGAGAGUUAAAAAUGGACAAAGCUAAUAUAACUUUGUGAUGCAACAUCCACUUUUAUUCUGCUUUCUUUGACUGAGUUUCAACUCGCACAAAAGGUUUUUAAACAGUCAUGACAGCAGUUGAUGGUACCAAAAUGUUACUUGAAUAAACAAUGGGAACUUAUUGUCACAUUAGUGACCCAAGCUAACAAGCGUGCUGAUGUGCUAAGCUUAUUUUCCCCUCUUUAGUAACUCUUGUGUAGAAAAUGAAAUGAUGUGGAGGGAUACGGGAUGAAAUAAACAGCACAAUACGGAGAAAAGAGAAAGCUAAGAGACAUAUUGUGUCUAAAACUAGCAUGUUAGUUACAGUUACAGUAGUUUAACAACUAGCAUAAGAAGGGACUAACUAUAUUUUUGCUGGGUGGAAAAAAAAAAGCCAAAUAUUAUUUCCUGUAGUGUUUUUGGUGUGAAAUAAACCCAAUAUGCUGAAUCGCUUUAGAAAAUACAGCCUGCUAGUCUUUACAUAAAUUUCAGGCGUUAACAUUUAGCUAAUUUAUGAACCUCUCUUAUGUAUUUAGUUUGAUCAUACUGUCUUCGAAACAUAGCUAUAGAUAAAAUAUAGACAUCGAAUCAACUUAUUUUCAAGUAUUUUUUUAACUCAGGAUAAAAACAAAAAUGCUAAUAUUAGAUACAAGCAUAAAACUCAACAAAACUCAAAACUUAAUGAAACUUCAUACAUUUCAUUCUUUGUGUGGCCUUCUUAUAUUUUUAUUUCACUUAUUUGUGUGUUGCAGUACUGUUCGGCUCAAACAGUGCAAAAUUGAGUCACAAGCCUCUGGUGUGAGCGGGCCUUUAUGGUUAUGAAAGCCCCUGUAAAGCGCUCAGCUGCCACUGUUGCUCCUUUAUCACAGCUGCUAACACUUGAUUUGACUGAAGCAGGUACCAUGCAGACCAACAAAAAACAAACAAACAGGUUUUACAACAUUAACUUCUGUAUAGUAGUGAUGUGUUUGGAUUCCUGUUUGAGGCCUGUUUGGUUCUAUAUUAAUAAUAAUCUUAUUUCUUGCUGUUUUUAAAAUAUAUUUGGUGCGGAGCUGUUAAUAUGUUUGCUGGUGAAGUGAAAUCCUGCUUCAGAAAUACAGAACCACACGUUUCCGUUAUUGUCAAGCAUCAAAUUAACUUGAAGAGGCACUUGAGUUCUUUUUUUUGAUAAACAGACAAUGUUUUAACAUCGGCAGGUUUCCUGCAAGUAUACAACGCAUGUUUUAUGACAGAAUACUUUGAAUAAUGUAUUUUAAUUAUUGAUUUAUUUUGCCAUUUUGUGACGUACUGUAAAAUACUGGGUGUAAAAACAGUCUGCUGUCUGAUUGAAACACUGCUGCCGUACUACUGAUUUAUAUUACCAAUUAGAAUAACAUCGCUUUUAAUUCAAUAAUUAGCACUGAAUUAAAGUCGCGUGCAAGCCUAAAAUGUUUCUUCCUGUAACUUUAAAUAAAUUCAGUUGUUUAAGAUGAUGUUAUUAGACAGACCAGAGCACUCCACCACCAGUAGAGAGAAUCAAACCCAUGAUCUCAUCUCAUAGUAUUGGCUGUGUAUUGACCAUAUAAUCUGACUCAUAGAGGACUUCUACUACUGCAGUUGCACAGUAGUUAAAUGAAAGUUGAGUAACCAUCUUAAAAGAUGUGUCUGGUAAUAUUCUGCAUUUUUAUUACCGUCAACAAAACCAACAAUGAAUUGAUGUACUAACAAUUCCAUGAAUCCAAAGCCUGAUAUAUAAUAUUCCUCUGUCCUGGAGAGCUCCAUUGUUCAAAAACUAUUAAACUAUUAAAACACAGUGAGCCACUGA